AUGUUACCUCGCUCUGAUGAUGUCCGUCAUAUGACGGACGAAAGGAGAUUUCGUCGGAAACAGCGUCAUCAUGAAUGCUUCAGUAAAGCCAAUCGACAGCUGGUCAAGCGGAAUCUGCCGUCGUCUUCUGGUGGAAUCGAAUUUCGAAUCUCUUCAGCCGACACUUUCACUCGAAAUGGAAGAUUUAUGAUGUCAAUGAUAAAAAUGAGCCUGAGUCUGGAAAAUGGUCAGCAUUGGGACAAGGAAUUGAGACGAUUAAGAUUGCCGCUUACGAGUGCUUCUGGCCAGCAAUUCUACCCAGUUACAGAAGCUAUAUUGCAAGCUAGCGACCUGAGGAUAAAUGAUCAGCCUCUGCCGCUGUUGCUGCCCAAGAAGUUUCAGGAGAAAGUUAAUGAAGGUUCGUGCGAAAGUCUUAACCACGCCUAUGGGCUGAAUCCUCCUUGUAUAGCCGUUGUCAGUUCCCAGACUCAUGUCGGUCCUAUUGGCAACCAAUUGUCGUCAAUCAAUGUAAAACACGCAGAAUUUCAAAGCCAACCUUCUCACCUGUCCUGUAAUCGGCCUAACAAUAUAGACCAAGUCACAGAUGAACUCGCGAAACGUAUGAUCACACCAUUGAAGGUGGGGAGCCAAAACGAGCGAGAGGCUGGCAUAAUGCUGGAUGAAAUCUUUCGGAGACCAGUUAGCGUUGGGUCA